CUCCCUCCCUCUCUCUCUCUCUCUCUCGCUCUCUUGUCUGUCUGUCUCACUCUCUCUCUCUCUCCACACACACUCAGACGCACACAAACAGAAACGAGGAGAAAGCCAGAGAGCAGAACUGCAGCGGCACGAUGGGGAUAUUCUGCCUGCGUGGGCUCCGUCGCUGAGGCGUCCGGAGUUCAGCCACAGAGUGUGUGUGUGGUGUGUUUGCUCAUGUGUGAGUGUGUGCGUGCAUGUGUGAGUGGGUGAAAGCCCCUGCCGACGCCGUGCGGAGAAAAGGGAAGAAGGGGAACCAGAGGAGAGCGGGUGGAGAAGAGAAGGAAAAAGAGAGGGGGAGUGUUGACUCCGUCUGGGGCUCGGAGGAACCUCACGCCACUGGAUCAGAGGACGCAGAUGUGCAACAACUGCUCCAACUACUGCCGCUUGUGUUCCGACUGCGUGCCGCUGCCUACCCGUCCUGUUAACUUCUGCCAUGGCAUAGCCUCCUCUUCCAGCUUGCUUCUAACCCACUAAGGAAACGGGCAUGCAUGGGCACAACUGGGGAUCUAAGCUAUCACAUCCUUAACAUCAGUAAUCCACAGUCUGAGGAAACAUGGUGAGCAAGGAGGGUGGCAAAUGCAUGCUCACCAACUCAGAGUCUGACUCGGAGGCAGCUCCCUUGCCCUCCACCUCGCUGGCGCUGGAGGUGAAAUAUUCCCUGGAAGCCAGUCGGCAGGUGAGGAAGCGAAACAAGGCCUUGCAAGUGCGUUUCAAGGACAUCUGCGAGGCACAGAACGAGCAAAGGGAGGCGGAGUUGCAGGCAGCCGGGAAAGGUGGCAAGCCAAUGUCAUACAAAGUGGCAUACCGCAAGUACAUGACUGUCCCUGCUCGCAGAUCCAUACCGAACGUCACAAGGAGCACAGGCGUCCAGACGUCCCCUGACCUGAAGAAACGCUAUCAGACCUUUCCCUUUGAGCGCAAAAAAGGACACACCUUUAAACACAUGGCGGCCGUGGAAACUUAUAAAGGUCAGAAUAAUGGUUUUGUCAUGGAGGUGAAGCAGUCCAAGGCAGCCGAGCGGGGUUUAGAUGAGGAGGAGGAGGGAGCCUGUGGGGGGAGCGGAGUCCUGAGGACCAGGGCUCUGCUCCAUACUAAUGAGUGCAUUGCCACAGUGGAGCAGCACACUGCACCUGAUGGCCUGUGCUCUGACGCUCUGCUGCUCAGUUGCACUGCAGACACAGACUGCCUUGCAGAUACACCGAGAGGAAGCGGAGCCGGAGCACAGGCAGAGUACCAGCUCUGCAGUAUCCCAUCCAAAGCCAGAACAGGAUUACAACACAGGGAGGCCGACGCGGACCGCUCGGCCAAGAGGCAGCUUCUCAAUCUGGAGGAGGGCUCGUCCCAAACCCUGCCGGACAGGGCCUCCAAGGUUACGGGCCCCAUCGCCUGGAACUCCCUCACACAGGUGGAGUGCCUGGAUAGUCCAUCUGUGCGGAGCAAGCGGAAGAAAGGCCUGCAGCUCAACGGGCUGUCGAGUGAGACGCUACCAAGAUCCAGCGGAGGCUGUACAACACAGGCACAGUGCCACACAGGACAGCUAUCUGCCCGGCCUAUACGGGGCAUGGAGGAGCCGCUGUCACCCUGCAUAGGUGGUGAGACAAAUAGGGCACCGUCUGACCAAACACAGGAAACCUGUAAGCAAAUAGUGCCUAUGAAUCAGGACGGGGAUGUUAAAGCACAGCUCCAGGCCAUGGAAAAUCUCAUCAGCUCCAGCCAAGAAACCAUCAAGGUGCUGCUGGGGGUUAUCCAGGAACUGGAGAAGGGAGAGGCCCACAGAGAAGGACUCUCCUAUCGAACCGGACAGGACACGGCCAACUGUGACACAUGCCGGAACAGCGCAUGCAUUAUUUACAGUGUGGAACUGGACUUCAAGCAGCAGGAGGACAAGCUCCAGCCACUGAUGAAGAGGCUUUGUCCUACAGAGGACUCCCACUUUCCCCCCCUGCCUUACCCCCAGGAGGCCUUUACCUCCACCCCAAAACGCAAGUCCAAAGCUGACUCCAAGAAGCACGCUCGCUGGAAACUUUGGUUCCUGUGAAAACACAGAACCAUCUCCUCUCCUGCUACUGAUGCACAGGAUUUAAUAGUCCGUCUGGUCAUCCACAUUUGUUUGGUUUAUCCACCGUCUUCUGUUUUAUCACAUUUCCUUGGAUUUGUAGACCUGGUAACCAGUAUUAAUGGAAAGCUCGACAGCUGGAUACUGAACCCUUUUCACGAGAUGAGAGGAUGUGUAGUGGGACCCAAGUGUGGAUUCAGAGUUAUUUUGAACUAAUUUUUUCAAACAGGGUGUGAAAUUACACCAGGGAAACAUAUUUGGAGAUCAGCAAGGUGAGAAGACGAAUUUGAUUUCCCGCUGUCUAUUUGCAUAUAUUUUUCUAGCUGACGUCAGCGGGGUCCUGUUCUGUGAUAACAGUUCAGUGUCCGUCACAUUUCUAUUCACCUGUUGGGACUGUCUUUCUUCCCAGCCUCCCGGAGAGGUUGGCAUUUCAACCAUAUUGCUCUGAGGCCUCCAUAAACAGCAUAUCACUGUACUGCAAAGCACAAUUAACACUGUUCAGGAUACAUUUUCCUCCAGAAUAAUUAAAAAGAAGUAUUUUGAGUAUUAACUCACAGACGUAGAUCACCGACUAACCAUGACAGAUCGAAGACUUUCAUAUCUAUCUAAAGAAGAGACCUAAAGGACAAAAUGUCAGAUGUUUAUUGGAGCUCUAUGAUCAACUUUCUAUUCAUCGCUAAAAUGUCUCCUUGAGUCGACUGACUUUGAAGUAAAGAAUGAAUAAAUAACACUUAUUUUCUUAACAUUUGCAAAGUUAGACAUCAAUGUACUUUUUUCUAUAUAAAUAUAUAUCUAUAUACAUUCACUUUAAGGUUUAGAGGAAUUUAUUUAUUUGAGCUGUAGUGAAGGGGCAGUUCAAAAGCUGCAAUGCAAAGGCUGUUAAUCAUUUCAAAUUCUUUUUCAUGCAUCAAAUAGAGUUCUUACUAACCUUACAGUGCAUACAAUCAUUGAAACACAAUAUAAAGAAAAGAUGAAAUCCAUGCAGGCCAUCAGUAUGAAAGAACACACACACACACAGAAGCAAACCAAGCAUAACAGUGUUGGUUUUUAGCACAUGUGAGGGGUAACAGAAGAUAUCUGUGAUUGUAUUGCUGCAGUAUCCUGCAUCAGCUACUACAAUAGCUACUGAAACCAAGCCAGAAAGACUGAAUGUGCCACUUCAGAUCACAACCAGGGCUUCUAUAAUGCAGGGUGGCAGGCGUGUAGCCUCGCAUGCUUUUUACAACCCUUGGAUUUUGCAGGAUAUUUUGUAGCUUUUCAAGAAACACUUUUUAAACAGAACAACAAAUGUCCUUUUAUUUCUUUUUCCCGUUAAAAAAAAACAUGGGCCGCUCCUGCUCAUUGCUUUGCAUUUAUUCGACUGUAAAGUAAAAACUCAUGUAGUAAUUACACACAGGGUUUAAAGACUAUGUAUAGCCAAAACAAUACAUGAAUUUACUAUAUCUAAGUAUCUGUUGUAUAUCAUCAAACAGGGCUAAUACCAUUUUAUGAGUGGGAAAGCAGCCAAUAUUUCUCAAAGAAAACAAGAUUAAGUUAACAACUCCUGCAGGAGCAUAAAACCGAAGUCACUCUAAAAGCCAAAAACACUGCCCCAAAAGACAACAAAUGUGCCAAAGUGGUUUCAAGGGCAAAGAUGAAACAACACAACAAGAAUACCGAGCCAACUACUAGAUAUCACUGGCUUGAACUUCACAAGCUCCAAACAUGCUGCGUUCUGUUGGUUACAUGUCAUUCACGCCAUCGUUCUUGUACAUGCCAGGUUGGUUUCUCUCAUUAGUUAUACUGUAGCAUCAAGAGAGAACUAGACGUUUAGCUGUACCUUAAAGAAGUGCAAUUGAUUUAUUAUGUGCAAUACUGUGUCUUUUAUACAGUUUUUUUUAAAAAGAAAAAAAUAAAGAUAUUUAUUAUGUAAAAUAUGAAAAAUAAAAACAGACAUCUACAGAGCUUUCAAAAUUUGAAGCAGACUGACUUUCAUUUGCAGAGCCUCAAACAACCGAGCAGAUUUUUAAUUUAUCUUUUUUUUUUUUUAGCAGACAAACACUAGUUAAAGGAUUGGUUCCUGUAAGUCACACAAUAUGUUUCCUCACUUACUUUUAAUGGCAUCUAGCCCAUGGCAGAUGGUUCAGAUUUUAUUUGCCCCGACUUCUGCGCUCUGCAUUACCAUCACAGUAUCACUGUAUCUGCAAAGAUCCAGUGCCUUUGAAUGUUUUAAAUCGUUGUGUUUAAUUGCUUUGAAAACUGCAAAGGAAACUUCAUUUACCUCCACUGUUCUGCUUUUCCGUUCUCAGAGACAGAGCUGAUUGGGCAAACUAUCUGCAUGGCUAUGUGGUACUAGGAAGAAGUGAGAAAAUACUGUAUCUAUUGUAAAUUGGGUGAACUAACCUGCUGAAAACUAAUUUUACUCACAUGGUUUGAAAAUUCUGUAUGCAAAAGAAAAAAAAACUUGUGAUGAAAAAAGCAGGAGGUAAGGUGGAAAAUAAAAUCAGCCUUGCAUCUCUUUGA